UGGUAGCAACACAAUCAUUUGUACUGAUUGCCUUAUUGAAGUUGCGUUGUGGUUUCUGAGUGCAGUGUUGGUUUCUGAAGUUAAUUAUUUCUAUUUUCUGAGUGAGAUGUGUAAUUGCGACAUGUCCAGUUAUCAAAGGAUUUACUGCAGCAUUUCUGAAGUACCACUUUAUUUUUAAAUGGCGGAGAUGAACGUGUUUCACACGACGUUUUUGUUUGGAGAGUGCCGAUUGUGAUGGUUAAGUAUUAAGAGCAAAAGUAUUCAUUAUUAGAUGGGGAAUGUCUAGUAUAGCGCUCGCUAUUCAAACCUCAGCGUUCGUCAUGCCUUUGUCGCGCACGAGGUCAUUAUUAGCUAAUAUAAAUGGUGCCCCUUCUAGUACUCCGAACGAAACGCACAUAACUCAGUUAUCAGAUAGUACUACUCAGCUACCACCUUUGAAGGCUAACCAAUCCUACUUGGAAGAUUCGAUUUUAACGCCCAUACCAACACCUCAGUCAGUUAAUGGGCAAGCGACGCAGGUAAAUGGCGGGGUCCAAACAUUAUCAUCAGUAUCAAUUAAUUCCCCAUCAAACGACGCAACAUCAACAAGUGCAACUUCUACAGCAACAGCAUCACAAAACAAAAAUGGUUCUUGUAAACCUAAGAGUAUGGUGGUUACGCCCGACCAAGUUAUGGCCACAUAUAUGAACAAACUGACCCCCUAUGAACACAUUGAAGUAUUCAACUAUCCACGUAUUUAUUUUAUUGGUGCAAAUGCCAAAAAAAGGCCAGGUAUUAUAGGCUCGCCAAAUAACAAUAGUUAUGAUAACGAACAAGGUUCAUACAUACAUGUACCGCAUGAUCAUGUAGCCUAUCGUUAUGAAGUGUUAAAAGUAAUUGGAAAAGGAAGCUUUGGGCAAGUUGUGAAAGCAUAUGAUCAUAAAAAUCACGAACAUGUUGCACUGAAGAUGGUUCGCAACGAAAAGAGGUUCUACAGACAAGCGCAUGAAGAAAUUCGUAUUCUGCAACAUUUGCGCAAACAGGACAAAGACAAUACUAUGAAUAUUAUUCAUAUGUUUGACAGCUUUACAUUCCGAAAUCACAUGUGCAUAACAUUUGAACUGCUUUCGAUCAAUCUUUAUGAAUUGAUAAAGAAAAAUAAAUUUCAAGGAUUUAGUUUACAGCUAGUGCGCAAGUUCUCACAUUCACUGUUACAGUGUUUAGAUGCGUUGCAUAAAAACAAAAUUAUUCAUUGUGACAUGAAGCCAGAGAACAUCUUGCUAAAACAGCAGGGCAGAAGUGGAAUAAAGGUUAUUGAUUUUGGAUCAAGCUGUUAUGAAAACCAAAGGGUGUACACAUACAUCCAGUCAAGAUUCUAUCGUGCCCCAGAGGUCAUACUGGGUGCCCGAUAUGGAAUGCCUAUUGACAUGUGGAGUUUGGGCUGCAUUUUAGCAGAACUUUUAACUGGGUAUCCAUUGCUCCCAGGUGAAGAUGAAGGAGACCAACUAGCUUGCAUUAUUGAACUCCUUGACAUGCCACCACAAAAAUUACUUGAUGCCUCAAAACGUGCUAAGAACUUUAUUACAUCUAAAGGUUAUCCACGGUAUUGUAACGCCACAACCUUAGUCGAUGGGUCAAUACUCUUAAGCCCAGGGGUGUCACGAAGGGGAAAACAGAGGGGCCCUCCGGGAUCUAAAGAACUUCAUAGGGCCCUAAGGGGCUGUGACGAUCCAUUGUUUCUGGACUUUAUUCGCCGUUGUUUGGAAUGGGAUCCUGAUGCACGAAUGACACCUUCUGCAGCAUUACGUCAUGCUUGGUUGAGGCGAAAAUUACCAAAACCACCAGCUGACAAGACAAAUUUGCAGACCACCAGUGUAAGGACAGCUCCUUCUUCAUCAAGGAAUUCUUCAAAAGCUAAUCCUUCUGCAAAUGGUGGAUUGAGUAGCAACAAACUCAGGGUUCAAAUGUCUGAUGAAAGAGCUAGUACAGUGCACUCAAGACAUUCUCUGCAUCCAACAAAAUUACCUCAGAUUCCAACGAAUACGUAACAGCAUUUGACUUAUUUUCCACUCUUAAUUUUGUGCAUUGUUUUCUAAUUAAUUUAUUUCAACAGAGGACUGUGAAUAAAAUAUUGAUCUCUUUCUUAAAUUGUACACAUUUGCAGUGUUGUUUUCAUGCUAAAACAGCAUUGCAAAUUAUACUGAAUUGCAUAUAACAGACUUACUAUGUGCAGUCUGUUAAAUGUUAAUGUGUUGUUCCUGUUUCAUAUGUAUUGUUUGAUAUUUGUAAUGAAACCUUGGUUUCGUGACUUAUUUUACACAUUUUUAAUGAGUGUGAAGUAUUCUACAUUAGGAUGCUAUACAUUUUCUAUGUGUUUUACUUUUUACAAUCAUUGUACAUACUGUUUUUAAAGGCCAUGAACUUGUGAGAGAUCUGAGUGAUAUAGUUGAUAACCUAGGGAAAAGAACUGCACUAUCAUUGUACCAAAAGAUAGAUUCAUUUUGUAAUUUUAUAUUGAAUGUGAGAAGAUAUUAACAGUUUUAAUUUUUAAGGCCAUUUACACCUUACUGCAGUGUUCUCUGUUUCAGUAUCAUGCUGCAAUGUAUUAAUUUGCUAAUGUUAGUGAAUAGAUUAAGUGGCACGCAGUAUGCCAGUGUGGUCAUUAGCAAAUAAGAAUCUUUACAGAAAUGCAUGUCAGUGUGGUAUUAAGUUUUUUAUGCAUUGACUGAGUCAUUAUUUUAAAUGAUGAUUACACGAUGGUAAUGUUUUGUUAUUUUUGUUGUUUAUUUAUUUUAACUAACUCACUGCAUUUUAGUAUUACACUCCCAUGCUUACCAGUGUGGCUGUGUGCCCUGUAGAUUGCAGUUGUAAAUGAUGAAUGUAAGAUACCAUUCAUAUUAUUUUUGUUGCUACAACAACGUGGUGAGCACUUUUUGAUUUUUAAAAUGGUGUGUCACUUGUAACGUAUAAAAUACUCAAAUGUUUCAUUCCAUGGGCUCAUAUAACAUUAGACAAUUAAUUAUCAUUUGAUGAAGCUAAAUUAUUGUCACCAUUGAUCUUCAGAAAGUACUUUACUAGUUGGCUUGAAUCAUCAUUUAGUAACUUAUGGUUGUGCAAUGUAUUGUGCUUUCAGGCUUUAAUGUUUUUAAUUGUUUAACUGGAUUAUCUUUACAUGCAUCAAUACCACAUGUUUUAAAGCUUGCCAUAUACAUACAUAUGUUUUGAAUUCUAAGACAAACACAUCAUAUGCCGUAUAAGAAUAUUUCUGACAGUGCUGUGCCCAUUUAGCUGUGACAUACAGCUGUGAGGAUUGUUAUCCAUGAGAAGAUUCUGAUGUUAGUUUGUCAUACACUGAUCAUGCGCAUUUUGAUGGCUGAAUAUUAUGUAAGCUUUGUGCACAAAAGCAGUAUGUAUUAAAUUCUGUAGAAGCGGGUUUCCUUAAACUUGGUUCUAAAGUAUGUUUGCUUUAUGUGCAGAUAACAGGAAGUUUAUGAAAGUUAAUGACAUCAGAAAUUAAAGUAGAGUUCUUUGUGGAAAAAAAUUCUUGGUUCUUUCACAUUAUUGAAUCCACUACCUCAUCUAGCCCAGACCUAAAAAGCUCUGUCUGCAAAAAAUGAACAAGUUUCUGAACACUGCUGGGGAUGUGGAAACCCUGAAAACUUCCACUCCAGUUGUUAUUUAGCUAGAAAUAGAACAACUUAACAUGCUUUUGUUAUACAUAGGUGCUGAACUUUGUUUUAAUAAUAAAUUAAAAGCAAUACAUAUACUGUAAGGAAAGUUCUGGCUGAAUGAUUUGAAAUUAUGUAAAGUAUUGAACUAUUACUUUGUCAUCUUUCAUUGUGAAUACAUAACAUAAUUCAGUUUCAAGAAGCUUUUGGUCUCUGGUGUUAAGUUAUGGGCUGUGGUAUCUCAAGAAUAAUUUAGCAGUGAAGCCUGUGAAAUGUGGUGCCCAAUAAGAAACUUAAAAAAUACACAUUCAUUGAAAUGGUACAGUGUCAUGUAGAGUAAACCUGUACAGUUGUAAGUUAGUUUUUGUUUUGGUUUGCCCCAACAAGUUCCAUAAUACCUUGAAAUGUUAUCCAUCUGAAAAGUGCAAAGUUGCACUGUGGUUCGUAGUCCACGUUCAGCUGUAGGUCCAACUAUAACUAGCUGGGUAAGUUGGAUCAAAAGCUAGGGCAUGGUGCCCCCAAUAGGACUAUACCUAAUUAAUCAGUAUGGUGUACAAAGCAAAUUUGAAUUGAGAACAGUUUUACUGUAAAUAUUGGAUUCACAGUGUGCAUUUCUUGUAACUUACAUGAGACUAUACUGUUCGUUAGGACAUCUGUGUAUCGCCGAUUUACUCUCGACCGUUUCAAAGCAGAUUUGAAAGGAGAUAAUAAAUAAUUUUCAGUAUUUUAUGUAAUGUUUGAUAAGUAUCCGUAAGUAUAAGAAUGAAACAUUGUCACCAUCUUUUACAGUUUCCAGCCACUAGCCAUGUCUGUUUGGAAUAUAGGCGUCUCCACCGUCUUCUGUCUUCCCACCAUGUCUCCAUCUCCAACCUGACCAGUCUUCUACUCUCUUUCGCUCACGUUCCUUCACUCCUACCAGCCACCUGUGUCUUGGUCUUUUUAUCUUCCAUUUCUUCUCAUGUAACUUCGUGGGUGCGCUCUUCUCCUCCAUUUGCUUAACAUGUCCAUACCAUCUAAGUCUUCAUCUAUCCAUCUUAUCCCGUAAUAGUUGCUCCUUCUCUUAUUCCCUGAUCCUCUGAUUCCUUAACCUGCCCCUCUUUGUCACUCCAGUACUUACUUUUUCAAAAAUUUCAUCUCAUUAUCUUGUAUUUUGCUUUUCUCUUUUUCUUUCAUUGUCCAGGUCUCGGAGGCAUAUGUCAGGUUGAGAAGUAGUACAGUUUUGGCAGAUGUUCUUGCCCCAUAUGAGGCUUUUAAAACUCUUCCAAAAUGCUUCUGCUUGCCUCCCCCACUCAUUUCUUUCUCUGGUGUUUCUUCUGUUCUCCUCUAUUACACUUCCCAGAUACAUUGUAACUCUUUCUUGCUAGUUGUGAUAAUUAUUUCACAUUUAUGCUAAACUUUAUUCUGUAUCCUUGUACUGUUUGUUGCCCUACAUUAAAGUUUUUUGCGUUUCAUUUUCCUUAUUUACGUGGACUUCAGAUAGUCUGUAAAACACUAUUGCUUUCAUCUUUCCUUCCCCUGUUACUUGUACCAUUUCGGUCAUUAUCCCACCCACCACCACAGUGGCGAGAAGUGGUGAGAGUGCACUUUCCUGCCUCAGGCCAUUCCUCUGUUACAGUCAGUCUGAUAUCUUUCCUCACAUUUUCACACACUUCACACUCCCAUUGUACAUUUCUGUAGAAAGAAGCAUUGUUUGAAUAAGUGACCCACAAGUCUCAUUUAGAUGAUGAAUUUGUACAUAGCCAAUUUAUUCUACUCUAAAAUCUCGAAUAUCAUCAUCAGUACAAAGUCUUUUUGAGUUAUGACUGAGAUCUUGCAUUUACAAGAAAGAUUUGUGAAUGAAAUAUAUGAAAUGCAGCUAAUUUAUAAUUUUUAAAAACAGUGUAGAAUGAAAGUUAGUAUUCCAGGAUGACAGUGUUAGUGUUUUUGAUGGUUUGUAUCAAUUUAGGCUGUGUCCUUCCUGACGUAGGCUGUGAUGGAUUCUAAUUUAGAAGAAACACACAGUACUCUGAGCUUAAAAUUACUGUCUUCUUAUUAAAUGAGUACAAAUUUUCAGUACACCUCAUCCACAUAUUGUAAUUGUUCAGUGUGUUUAUUUUGAAGUAAUUUACUGAACUGUUAUCACUUAACAGUAUUCAGUGGUAACAUAUAAUUGAUACAAAGAUAUUUCUAAUACAGAUUCCUUUCUGUCUGUGAAUGUUGGUUUCAGAGAGAUAUUUAUUUUGUUAGUGCCAGUGUUAAAUUUUAUUUAUCUAAGACAAACUGACGCAAAAGGAAUUGUUGCAUAAAGAAAUUCUAAAAUAUCUGUGGUCUAGUGCCUGAAAUUAUAACUAUGAACUGAUAUGUUACCACUGUAACAUACAUGACUUCUCAUAUGACUUAUGCUUGUAAAUGAUAUUGUCAGACAUUAUUUUUGAAGUGUCAUUCUAGAAAAAUCGCAACUGAAAUAAUUUAAUAUAGCUAUGGUGCUUACUGUAACAAUGUUUUCAUUAAUAACCCCUUUCAUUGUUGUAA